AUGGGUCGUCUUACUUUAUGCACGGAGCCCGAACUCCAAAGCGAUCCGAUAGUUGGAGAUGUUCCCUCUGGUUCAAUUCCGAUCUCUUUAUUCUUCUAUUUUCAUCAUGAACUUCCAUGGAUAAAAGAAAUUACAUCAAUAUCAAAACAAUCUCGUGAUACUUUAAAUAUUCGUGGUCAAACAAAUGAAUUAGAUAAAUUUUCUAUUAAAAUUAAAUUAAAUACAUUAUCUCAUCAACCUAUUAUUCGUACAUUAACAGAUAUAUUUCAAUUGAAUACAAUUCAUCGUGAUAUUCUAACAAAAUUAACAUCAAAUCGUCCUAAACAACCAUAUUUUGUUUUAACUGAUCAAGUAUUUCAAAGUACAGAACAUAAUACAUUUUUUAUUCAAAUAACAUUACCGAAAUUAUUACCGGAUGAAAAAUUUUCAUUUGAUAUUAGUUAUCAAUCGGAUUCAUCCGAUAAUGAACGUCAACAGGAUUUAACAGGUAUUUAUUUUAAUGAAGAAAUUCUUCGUUUACAAAAACAAUUUGAUCAACGUUUUGAAAAUAUAUUUCAAUUAAAAACAAAACAAAAUAUGAGUGAAAAUAAAAUAAAUUUUGCUCGAUCAACUUUAAGUAAUUUAAUUGGUAGAAUUUCAUAUUUUACUGGUCAAUCGUUAGUAGCAAAACCAAAUCAAAAAAUUCCCGAUGAAUAUUGGACAACUAAUUUAUAUACAGCUGUACCAUCACGUUCAUUUUUUCCACGUGGUUUUCUAUGGGAUGAAGGUUUUCAUAAUCUUCUUAUUGCUCGAUGGAAUCAAAAUAUUACCAUUGACAUUCUUUCACAUUGGUUUGAUAUGCUUAAUGAUAAUGGAUGGAUACCGAGAGAAAUAAUUCUUGGCGAUGAAGCUCGUGCUCGUGUACCAUCUGAAUUCGUUAUUCAAUAUACGAGUAAUGCAAAUCCUCCAACAUUUUUUUUAACAAUUGAUUAUUUAUUAAAAACAAAUCAAGCAAAUCAUCUUUUUACUUUACCAUUUAUUCAACGUUUAGAAAAAUGGUAUCAAUGGUAUAAUCGUACUCAAUCAGGUCCAAUUCCAUUCUCGUUUCGUUGGCGUGGUCGAAAUGCCUCAUCAAUCUAUGAACUUAAUCCAAAAACUUUAACAAGUGGUCUAGAUGAUUAUCCACGUGCAUCUCAUCCAACUGAUUCUGAACGUCAUUUAGAUUUACGUUGUUGGAUUACAUUAGCAUCAACAGUAAUUGGUAAACUUUAUUCAAUAAUAAAUAAUGAACAUACAAAUGAAUAUUUAAAUUAUGCACAAUUACUUUCAAAUAAUGAUAUACUUGAUCAAUUACAUUGGUCUGAUGAAUAUGAAAUGUAUGCUGAUUAUGGUUUACAUACAGAUCAUGCUAAAUUAAAACAUGUAUUAAUGCCAAAGAAAUCAUCGUCACAACAAUAUCAACAAACGCAUAUGAUACGACAAAUAACAAAUGAAUCUGAUGUUCAUUUGAAAUAUGUCAAACAUUUUGGUUAUGUUUCUCUUUUUCCAUUAAUGACACGUAUUUUAGAUUCAAAAUCGAUUAAACUUGAUAAAAUCUUAAAUGAUUUACAAAAUACAACUUUAUUAUGGACACCCUAUGGUCUUCGAUCAUUAGCACAAUCAAGUUCAUUGUAUGGAACGAGAAAUACUGAACAUGAUCCACCGUAUUGGAGAGGUGCUAUAUGGAUAAAUAUGAAUUAUAUGGUACUAUCAGCAUUGCAACAUUAUGCAAAAAUUCCCGGUCCAUAUUCUGAUAAAGCUAGACAAAUUUAUAAGCAAUUACGUAUAAAUCUAAUAAAGAAUAUGUUUCGUGUUUAUGAAAAAACCGGUCAUGUUUGGGAACAGUAUGAUGAUAGAACUGGUAAUGGAAAAGGCAGCCAUCCAUUUACUGGAUGGUCAUCAUUAAUUGUUUUAAUUAUGUCUGAGUUAUAUGAUGAAUAA